AUGUCUUUAUGGGUGGAUAAGUAUAGACCAAAGAAUUUGCAGUCAUUGAGUUUCAAUGAAGAUCUCACAAGUCAGUUAUAUUCUUUAACAAAGCAGCCUCAGGACCUUCCUCAUCUGCUCUUUUACGGACCCAAUGGUGCUGGUAAGAAGACAAGAUGUAUGGCACUACUACAGGAACUCUUUGGGAGCGGUGUGUACAAGCUGAAGAUUGAUGUGAGACAAUUUGUGACACCCUCCAACCGUAAGUUGGAGUUGAAUGUGGUUAGUAGUCCAUACCACUUGGAGAUCACACCAAGUGAUAUGGGUAACAAUGACCGUGUUGUGAUACAAGAACUUAUCAAGGAAGUUGCACAAAUGGAGCAAGUGGAUUUCCAGGAUUCUAAAGAUGGAUUAGCUCAUCGUUAUAAAUGUGUCAUUAUCAAUGAGGCAGAUUCAUUGACACGAGAUGCCCAGGCAGCGUUGAGAAGAACAAUGGAAAAGUACUCAGGAAACAUCAGAUUGAUCAUGUUAUGUGACUCCAUGUCUAGUAUAAUCGCGCCAAUAAAGUCGCGUUGUCUUUUGAUAAGAGUACCAGCACCAGAUAAACAGCAGAUCGUAUCAAUUUUGCAAGAUUGUUGCCAGAAGGAAAGAGUGAAUGCAGAUGUCAAUUGCCUGCAAAGAAUAGCUGAUCUAUCUAGAGGUAACUUAAGGAUGUCUUUACUAUCUUUAGAAUCAACAGCAUUACAAAACGAACUAAAUUUAAGAAGUGACACGGCUUUAAACAGACCGGAUUGGCAAUUGGUGAUCCAUAAGAUGGCAAGAAAAAUAAUGAAAGAACGGAAUGUAAAUAGUCUAGUCGAAUGUCGUUCCAUCAACUAUGACUUGCUUGCCCACUGUAUCCCAGCAAGGACCAUAAUUCAUGAGCUAAGCAUGCAGCUGCUGGAAGACAGCAAGUCUGAUUCUUUGAAAUUGGCCGUCAUCGAUGCGGCAUGUACAUACGAUGAACGUUUGUGUCUUGGAAACAAGGCUAUCUAUCACCUAGAAGGCUUUAUCGCCAGAGUAAUGUGCGAGAUAGACAGAUAUGUGUAA